UCUCACCAAAAGUGAAUAGGAAAGAAAAUAGCAUUCACAUUUGUCGCAGUAUCGUGAAUUUAUUGAAGAUUUGUCUAGUUCAGUCAAGCUCCGAAUCUGAUUGAGUAUUGAAUUACACAUUUGAAUAUCGCGAUCACUACAUUCACUUCAAUUGGGCUGACCCCAUCGUUCUGUUCGGAUCUUUUUCUCUCAAAAGCUACUGUGCACAAGGACGCGUGUCGCGUGGAUUGAAAUUUAUUUUCAAAUUCCAUUGCUCCCCAGUGUCCGGAAACAAUAGCCAGCACAUCACAAGCUGCCCCGAAAGUCCCCACGAUGUCAGUUGUGGUACCCAACAUGGAGUUCCCAUCUAAACAAGGCCUUCCGGGGGUCUCAGAAACAAAGCCAAACAAUAGCAAUACAAACCAGACCAAUGCCAGCAAGCCAGAGGGUGACAACAUAACUGUCAACGCCACAUCAUCACCGGCAAUUAAACAAGAUACAAAUGCAACCAAGCAGGUCUCGGACUCGGAAAUGCAGCUUGUAUCAUCUCUCGCGAAGCUCCAGGAAUUGGAGGCUAUGAUUCACCAACUGCGGACACUGCUCCCGGACCGUUUAUUGGAGCCUUUGGUGCCUAUUGUAAAUCCGAAGGCUGCGGCGGGGAGGGCUGUACCGAGGUCGCCGCAGAUGCUGUAUGAGCAGCUUUCGCAGGCUGCGAAGGCUGGUGUCGCCGAGGUGGCGGAGUUUCAGAACAUGUGGCGCAGCCCUGAAAUGAACGCUGUGUGGGGGCAUGUCGAUGCCCAGAUCAAGGAAAAUGGCGGGCAAUUAUUGCAACCGACAAGUGUUUGGGAUCGGAAUUAUGGUGCUCUCCUUGAAGAACUUGUCAAGGAGGAAACGGCCAGGGUGGAGCAGCAGCGGAAAUCUGAGGAGGAGCUCGAGCGUUCGAAGAUCCAGUCGACUGAAGGGGGUUGGAGGGCGAUUGUCGACAGCUUCAUCCAGAAAAAUGUUCCUGGGGUGCGAGUCUUGCCGAGUAAUUCUGAGACAACCGUCACUGUUGUCCUACCGAAGGCCGGUAUGACAUUCAAGGUACAUACGGUCGGUGGAUCAGAGGUGAACGGCGUGCCCGAAUGGCAGGUCUCGAGUCGAAUGAUGCCUGGUCAGGCUAAGACGAAACUCGAGGGCGCGGCAUCCGAUUGUUUGAACUCUCGUUCGCGACAAUGGGAUCUCGCCUAUCUUCUUGACAUGAUAUCAUCCUACUCCGAUGUUAAACAAACCCCCUGCGUAAAGUGCGGCAAGAUGACAGAUAACGCAGCACAACUACCGGCCAUUCGCCAACAGAAGCAGCCAUCUGAACCCCAACAAUCACCAACCUGGGAAGCUUAUCACCCCAGCUGUAUCUGAUCAAAUCACCGUCAUCAUACCAAUAGCACUAGCGUACCUGCAACACCCUCCGCUGUACAGUAUAUUAGUCUCAUUCCCGAACUCAUUUCUUUCAAGAUACCUUGCUUUCACAAGUUCAAC